AUGCGGGACACGCCACCGCAAUUGGUGCUUGUUCAAAUUGGUUCCCUGGGUGCGCUUCCCCUGCACGGGCCGGCUGAGCGCGGAGAUCGAGGUCCUGCUGCAACUCAACGUCAGCACCUACAACAAGCUGCACAACGAGACGUCGCUCAACUUCCGCCGCAACAAGAUCUGCCUCAAAGAUAUUAUGCAAGCAUUGUCUCAAAUAGUUGGGGUUCAGAUAGAAAAAUGUAG